CACAUCACAGUUGUAGCGGUGGAAGACGAUACUUAUAAACGGGAUGUGAAACGGGAAUUAUUAUGUAGCAGAGUUCUUCCGGAGCUGUAAACAAUGGCAAUGAAGCGAUUGCAAAAGGAGUUGAUGGCAUUACAAAGUGAUCCACCUCCUGGAAUGACACUAAAUGAGAGAAGUGUACAGAACACAAUCACUGAGUGGUUUAUAGAUAUGGAUGGUGCUCCAGGUACUCUUUAUGAAGGAGAGAAGUUUCAACUCCUGUUCAAAUUCAGUGGUCGAUAUCCUUUUGAUUCACCUCAGGUAAUGUUCACUGGAGAGAAUAUACCCAUCCAUCCUCACGUCUAUAGCAACGGUCACAUCUGUUUAUCUAUUUUAACGGAAGACUGGUCACCAGCUCUGUCUGUGCAAUCGGUUUGUUUAAGCAUUAUUAGCAUGCUGUCAAGCUGCAAAGAAAAGCGACGUCCUCCAGAUAAUUCAUUUUAUGUAAAGACAUGUAAUAAGAAUCCAAAGAAAACUAAGUGGUGGUAUCAUGAUGAUACAUGCUAGUAUCAACACCAUUUUGAUAUAAAUAAACAAACUUUUCCAAGUGCAUCAAGUACUUUAUGACAGUCUUUGGGUUAAGACUGAACCAGCAGACCAUGGGAUGUUGAUUUAUGUAUGGAUUAGGCAUACACUUCUGCUGACUGCAAGAAGUGCAUAAAACUGCAGGAAUGUAACCCGCCCGGCAAGUAUAUUUUGAUGGAAUCAAGAUGUGAAGCUUUUUUUCCUCCCAUUUUGGUUAUUUGGUUUACGUUGUAAUGUUUUUUUUUUUUUUCUUUUUUUUUCCAUAAGCUUCUAAGGGUUUUUACCGUUUUUGCAAUAAUAUCUUCAUGUAGGUUUGGAAUUAAAGGGGUCAUGACAUAAGAAAUCAAAUUUGCAGUGAUAUUUUGAUAUAGAGGUUUUUGUACCAUUAAAACAUCCUAAAAAAUGUCAUAGCUUGAAAUGUCCUCCCAUUAUAAACAAAUCAAUCUCAAAAAAUGGCUUGUUCUGAUAUUGGGUGACCUGUGACGUCACGUGGGCAAAUAUUUGCAAAUGACUUCCUAUAGAGCAAGACAUUGAUGACAUUCAUACAUCACCGCACCAUAGGCCCCGCCUACUUGCUACUACAGCUCAUUUGCAUCUCUGUACAGAUUUCACGGCAUCAGAAACAAGGGGAUGGUUUAUUUAAAUGGUGUCCUGGAUACUGUCAGAGUGUUAUAUUUUUGUUUGGAACAUUUUUCUUUUGUAGACAAGGCAAAGUGUACUAAUGAAUAUUUUUUUUCAAAACAUUUACACGCGUGCAGUGGGCGUUGAUACUGUUCCUAACCAAUCAAAACAGUGGCCGUUUAUUGACAAGCCUUAAAGGAGCCGCCCCUUAAAAUGAAGGUUUAAAAUACCAGUUUUUACACACACACACACGUAUAUAUCUAUAUGUGUAUGUUUUUUGUAUGCACCCCCCCCCCCCCCCCCCCCAAGGAACUUCAAGGUAAAUAUUAAGAUAAUUUAAAAAAAAAAAAAAAAACAUCCAUGCCAUGACCCCUUUAAAGGAAAACUGCUGUAAUGUAAUGGUUCAAUAAUCAAAAGCAGAGACAGAUGUCUAUCUUUUCCUUGCGUGGUUAUGCACUGUGAAAUUCGAACAGGGCAAAUAUGUAUGUGAAGAUUUUAUCUGUAUACUUAAAAACUAUAGUUUCUUUUCAAACAAAAUUAUGCCCUGCACCUUUGGUCCUUGUCCCCUAAUAAGCCAUUUUAAGUUGAAUUUUGUAGCUGGGUGUGGUGUAUAUGACUAUUCUGAUAAAUGUCAUAUUUAUGAAUAUGUACAGUUUAUAUGCAGUGUGUUGAUCAUAUUACGUGAUCUUAAAGGUAAUUUGGAAUUACACAAAGAAAUGCUUUAUGGGUUAAGGUUUAAGCACUGGUUUUAUAGAUAGACCCACAUUUUGUGUAGUUAAAACAAGAAAUAACUUUAGACAUAAUCACUUUAUCUUUUAUGUGAAGAUCUAUCUAGUUCUAUUAAAAUUAUAUGUUUGAUUUAUUGGUUGUAUCCUGCUGUGCUGGGUAAGAUUCUUUUAAAAAUGCAACUUUUUCAAGCAGUUAGCUUUAGAAAACCUAAACUUUGUCUUCAUCGUUUUGUUAACUUUAUUUAACUUUAUUUAAAACAAAUGUUCUUAUUAAAGUAAUAUAUUUUGAAA